UGCUGAAUCAUUUGGUAUGGUAUACCAGGAUUUCCAUGAAUAGCAGCGAGUCUGCUGCUCUGCGGAACCAAGGGUGCACCCUUAUAAAGGUACAUUUGCAUAGUCGUUCAGCUUUUUUCCUGUGCUUUUCUCUGAGCUAUACCAUGCAUCUACCAUAGUUUACACUGGUUUGCCAUGUUUUAUAAUAUGCUUUACCAUAGCUCUCUGGGCUUUACAAUGCUUACCUAAGUUUUUCAACAAUGUCACCUUUCUUUAUCGUGCUUAGCUAUGCUUUUACAAUGGCAAACUUUUACAAAGUCACACGCCAGAGUACCCAAAUAUUUUGAUGCAGUGUGUAGGUCAUCCAAGGUGAGAUGGCUGUAUCUCUCAAGUUUCUCAGGGAACAAAAAGCUGCUGAACAAACACCUGUUUCCAAUGAGCUGGUACAGUAUGUCUUUAUUCACUGGUUUCACAUGUGUCUUUUUCUCAGGUCCAUAGCAAGCCUCUGGAAAUAAAUAUCAGUACCGUAACCAUACACGCACUCACAUGCACACACACAGACACACACACACAGACACAUGCAUGCACUCACACACGCACACACACACACAUGCUCGCACGCACGCACACACAUUGUUUUUAAUUGCAAACUAGAUCCCUUUUCUAUUUGGAGUGGCUGUUUUUUGUUUUUCCCUGAAAUGUUUUGUUGGUGUUCCUCCUUGCCUCAAUGGAGCACACUUAUUCAGCUGAUUCAAUGAGUGGAGAGGGAACUCUCCUCACAGGAAUGUGUAUUCACACAAUCAACAAGAAUGGAAUGCAAACACUGUAGAACUGUUAGGACAAAAUACAUCUAGGCAAUUAUUUAUUGUGUGUUUUACAACUGUUAGGAACGGUGAAACACCUUUCUCCAGUAAGUUUGUGGAGGUCGCUUUUAUAAAUGUUUACAGUGCUGCUCUGUGGUAAAAUAUAGCAAUAUUCAGUAAAGCACGAUGAAUGCACAGUGCAAACCUAGUAAGCUGUCACCCUAAUGUGCAGAUUUACAAUGAGAAACCUUUAAAAGGAGAUGUACAGAAUAGAAUAGAAUAGCAAAGAACGACAGCUCUCUGAGUUUGUUUAUAACUUUAGGCAUUUGGCUACACAUACCACAGAUCCUAAAUAAAGGCGACCAUGCUGAAAAAAAAAAAAAAAAAAAAAAAAAACAUGUAUAAUGUGAACUGUUUCUAUUUUUAAUCUAUCCGGAGAUAUACAAAUGAUACAGUGUAUAUAUAAACUGAUUUACUUUCAAAGUUCAGGACGUUUUGCGCUCUAUGUCGUUCUUCAACUGGUUACAGCGCAUUAUUUAAUAGACGUCGAUUUAUAUUGGCUCUGCUCUGGUGCCCCCUAAUGGGCAUAUUAGCCAAUGACACGUUCUUAAAAGAGAUGGGAAAAUAUGCAAAUACUAUAAAGGCAAGUUAAAUUCAAGCCAGCGCCCUCUCUAACAAUUCCCCUAGUUCAAAAACAGCUGCAGCAUUUAGUUCCCACGGCAGAAAAAAGAAAAUUUCCAAAGCCAAGGCUUUUAUAGUUCCUAUGCAUGCGUAUGUAAUGCAUUGCUAUUGGCUAGGGCAUACGUUAUUAUUAACAAGUUGCAGCUCCAGUAUGUAUUGUUUUAAGUACUAUGCCAUGUGACGUUGUUGACUGUUUUUUAAAUUCCAUAGUAUUUUCCAAAACAUAUUAUUAUUUUAUUGACUCAUUUUCCAAGUCGUACAACAUGUUCAUUUUACACAUAUUUAUUUACAACUCAACGUCACUUCCACACUCCAGCGGCUGAACUGGUUUUUUUCGUUGCCUAGCUACCAGAAGCGUCACCACAUAAACAACGGGGCUGAUCGCGAGUCGACACGGAAACAUGGUAAAAACUGCAACUAGCUUACCAAUGAAAAGUAUUGGAGCACUUGUACCAGGGCGAUGGCAGUGGGACGAGGAGACACAAACCCUUCAAUUCUUCAGUUUCAGUCAGUCCAUGGAUAUGAAAGAUAAAAAGAAGAAGAAAGCAAUCGAUUUUCAGGAAACUGGCAGUAAGCGUGCAGACAGAUUGCCAGUAUCCCCGUCUGUUACCACACGAGGCUUUGGAGGUGCAAGAAUCCCUGUGGAUAAAAAAAUGAUGGGGAAACCCCAGGGGAAAAUGCAGGGUUCCCCUCGACCUGGCUUAAAGCAAGGGCAGCGGGAACGCAUCACUGUAGAGGACGUUAAGAGUGUGGCGUUUAAUUUGCUCCAGGAAAAUGAAUCCCUUACCAUACCUGUGUGUUUUACCACUGUAAUGAGAAGCCAGCAACUCAAUAACUUUCUCUCUGCCCUACUGCUGUAUGUAUCCUGUUACUUUGAAAAAGAAGUGUUGGAAAGGAAACCUAAACCUCUAAUGGCUGAACAAAGUUUAACGGAAAGGAAAGCAGUAGCUGAAGCAUGUGCCAAAGUCGAAAUAGCAAGAAAACAGCUUGCCUUGAAGUACUCCAUUCUUGUCCUUGGACUUGGGAUGUCUCAGCAGCACCAUAUGGCAUGUGGGAAGAGCAGGGUGUCAUCAACUUACAAAGACAGACAAUUGUUUGAGUGCCUUAUCAACUUCUGCGCUUACGUGGUCUGGGUGACAUUCAGGCGUAAGGAUCUGAAAGGGAUUCAGGAAGAAGUGGGCAGGCUUCUCCGUUCGGAUACCUUCAAUCCUGCAGUCAGAGUAAGACAGGCUUCAGAGGAGCAAUCGAAAAAGAAAACCACUGUAACAGGAAAGGUCUGCCCUCUGGAGAGAAGGAAGCGUAAUCCAAAACGACCAGCAAUAAAAAGCAUGAUUAACCAAAGGUCCCCUGUGAUUGUGUCUCUCCUGCCAUCCCCAAAAGAGAAAUCGCAGUAUCUCUUCAAAUCCCACCGACUAGACCAAGACAAAAACACGGAUAGCUGUGACAUCAAAGCUCUGGUAGAAGAACUCUCUGCUGCUUUAUCAUCUAACUUUGGGAUUAUUGGGGAGCCGCUGAGCCAGUACAGCAUGCAAACCCUCGUGCCUUGUGGUGCUGAGCCUGAAGAUGAAGAAGAGAACGAGCAGGAAAGCAAACUAACAAGCAAAAUGUCGCUGGGAUCCCGGGGCUUAUCGUCUUCUCAAAACGAGUCGAUGGGAAACCUGAGCCGACCAUGUACUGUUGUGUCAAGAACAACUACAGAGGGGCUCUGUUCUGACACUGAAUAAAUAAAACAUCCCUACUCUC